GCCAAUACAACAGUCCAUGCCACAUCGUUGACUAUUCACUCUAACAGUAGAUCAUGCAGGACCAUAAGCGGGACAAUAUUUUUCAGAAAUUGUUCAAGAAGCAGCCGUCGAGUGGGAAGCACCAACGAUCGGCUAGCCAUGAAUCUCAUUUUCCACCGCAGCACAAACGAAACGGACACGUAGUGGGAGACAGCGGUAUGGUGUUUUACAGCCAGCAUUUAGGGACGCAACUUCAGAGCCGGGAACCCGAUCUAGAUAGGGUGUCGACAAUUGUCAAACGUAUGCUUAAUCAUAGCAAAUCGUCGGGAAGGAAGCUACCGAAAUAUGCGAUCACAGUCUCCAGCAAGUAUGUUAAACUGCAAAGUGAAGAUACGAGUGAGAGACCUGCUGUUAUACCCAUACACUGCGUGCAGUAUUGUGCAUCGGAUGUAGUCAACCCAAAAGUGUUUGUGUUUAUAGCCAACACCCAUCAGGCUUUUCAGGUGAAUGUAUUCUGUUGUAGCAAGAAAGCCAAGGCGGAGGCUCUAACCAUCGCAUUCGCCAAGUCGUUCAAACAGUCUUACGGUGAAUGGGAGGACAAACUGAAAGAUCAAGUAGACAAACAGGGACAACUGCGAGCAAGAACAGAUCAAAUGAGGCCGAUGACACCAAGGGGAUCAAUGACAUCGUCAUCGGGGUCGUCAACGCCACCAUCGCCGCAUUCACCAAUGACACCGCGUUCCACGGGCAGCGAUGAUGACAUUAAACCUACCAAACCCAAAGGAAUUGCCUUAUUCGACAUGUACGCUAUGCACCACGAGUACAGACGACGGGAGUCAGUGUUCAAACAGCCUAGUCAUCUUAAAAUUGGAAACGAUUAUCAGACUUUGUCACGAAGUAGCGAAGUCAAGAAAUAUCUACAGUAUGGAGAUUCUGAUCCAGACGAAGAGUGGUCUCAAUAUUCUUAUUGACAAUUCCAAAUACAUCAUGGACUCACUAACUCCGCAUUGCCGAUUGUUGUAUACAAUGAACUAAGCUUAAGCAAGCGAGAUCACCAUGCCAACGAAUAUCGACAGUUAGUUACAGGGGCAAUUAAGUUAUUGAGUAUAGGUGAACGUUAUUUGUUACUUAUAUUGUCCUGGGCGGCUAUCAGAAAUCAGACAUGGCGUUUGGUGCUUAAAUUAGUUUUUGGCAUUUGUAUUUAAAGGUAUUAUUUAAUGUAUGUUUAGAAUCACGUGACAACAGAAUUACGUGUAUUUCUAAUUAUUUAUGUCGUUGUGAGAUUUCGUUCGUACUAUUACCAUAAUGACGUCAUGACUAUAAUUCAACGAACCGAGAAUAUUUUUUCAAAUGUAUAUAUUCCUAAAUUUGUAAAUAUAACCACGAUAUUAAUAA